AUGGCACCAGGGGCUUCUACUGCACCACUUGUGUGGAUUGAUUGUGAGAUGACAGGACUAGAUCCUAACGAGGAUGUCAUAUUGCAAAUAUGCUGCUACAUCACGGAUCACGAAUUGAACCUUCUGGAUGAGGAGGGGCACGAGACGGUUAUCCACUAUGAGAAGGAGGUUUUGGUCAAGAUGGAUGAUUGGUGUCAGAAAACACACUCUUCUACAGGCCUCAUAUCCCGCGUCCUGGAAUCAGCCGUGACCGUCACCCAGGCAACAGAGGGGCUCCUCGCGUACAUCAAGAAGCAUGUCCCGGAAAAAGGAAUCGCCUUCCUUGCCGGGAAUUCGGUCCAUUACGACCGUGUUUUCCUGGCGCGCUAUUAUCCCUCCGUUGUAGAGCACCUGCAUCACAGGAUUAUAGACGUCUCGACGGUGAAGGAGGCAGUGAAAAUGUGGUGCUCUGAGGAGGUGUAUGGGAGGGUUCCUGAGAAGAAAUCGCUUCAUGAGGCGAGGAUGGAUAUUUUGGAGAGUAUCGAGGAAUUGAGGUAUUAUAAGAGAGUAGUUUUUGACGGGAAGUAG